AUGGCAGUUGACACUGAAAAGUGGGUGGAAUCGUGUUCGGCUUGCGCAAUAAACGGUAGACCGGAAAAACCCACCCCGAUGCAGCGUAUCAUGGCCCCAAAGGCGGUGUGGGAGACCAUCGCGUUAGAUUUCAAUGGUCCGUAUGUUAAAUUCAAUGGAGUAUCUAUACUUGUAAUCGUUGAUUACCGAUCGAGAUAUCUGAUUGCUCGCCCGGUCAAAACAACAAGUUUUGAGAACACAAAAAGAGUAUUGGAAGAGGUUUUCGAAAGAGAAGGAUUUCCUCAGACGAUAAAAACGGACAACGGACCGCCCUUUAAUGGCGAAGAAUAUAGGCGUUACUGUACAGAGCGAUCAAUCACAGCAGUCUUCUCCACCCCGUUGUUUCCCCAGCAAAACGGGCUUGUGGAGAGCUAUAUGAAGGUUAUAAAUCGAGCCAUGACAAAUGCAGCUACGAAUAAAACUAAUUACAUCGAGGAGCUUCGCGCAGCGAUCCAUGCACAUAAUGCUGCGACUCAUAGCGUGACAAAGUUACCACCAGAAGAAAUCAUGCUAGGACGGAAGGUCAAACGAGGUCUACCGCUGAUUGACUUUGAAAAAGUUACAAUUGAUGAGGAGUUAUUGUCCAGAAGGGAUCGAGAUGCUAAGCUAGCAGCAAAGGAAAGAGAGGACAAAAGACGAGGAGCGCGACCUAGUCGAGUAAAGCCAGGCGAUGUAGUAAUAGUGGAGAGGAACAUGCGAGGGAAAGGGGAAUCGCGGUUUUCUCCAAGAAGGUAUACUGUAACCGAAGACAGGAAUGGCAGCUUAACACUUAACAACGAUGAAGGUCAAAUACUGAAGCGUCACAUUUCGCAGACCAGGAAAGUAUCCCAUUGGCGAAAGAAGGAAACAAAUACUUCAAAUAAUGAACUGGUAAGUUCCGAUGCAAAUACUUCUCUACCGAAUCGGAAAAGGAAUGCCCCGAACUAUUUGUCGGAUUACAUCCGGUCUGUAGCAGAUUAG